GCUGUAUUGCGAUUGCUGCAUGAAUUGUGAAAUAUUUCAAUAACAAUAUUUAUUAAUUCGACAUAUCUCGCUCUGUGCGGUGUUUAUAAAGCUUUAUCGUUAAAAAAAAUACAAUUAAUUAUAUGCACACUCACUGAUGGCUCUCGUAGAAGUACUAAUUCUUUUGACACUUGUUGUGUUUUUAUUUUACAAGUGGAGUGUUUCUAAAUAUUAUACAUUUCGUGAUCGAGGGAUACCGCACGACCAGCCAACUCCUUUGAUUGGAAAUUUAGAUACCAAAAUUUUCCUGGGAAAAUCAUCUUUCAUAAAAUUUAUUAUCGAACGAUAUCAAGCUUAUAAAAUCAGUAAAAUUUAUGGAAUUUAUUCGAUGCGUGAUUGCAACAUUCACAUUCGUGACUUGGAACUCAUCAAAAAGGUGGGUAUAAAAGACUUUGAUUCAUUUCCAAAUCACAACUCUGUCGGAGGAGAGAGCAGCGAAACAUUUUUCUCGAAAAGUUUGAUCGCUUUGAAAGACCAAAAGUGGCGGGAAAUGCGAAAUUGUUUGUCACCAGCGUUCACUGGGAGCAAAAUGCGUUUGAUGUUUACACUGAUCAACGAAUGUGUGAUCGAAGCGGUUAACUAUAUCACCAGUGAGAUUCAAGCGAGUGGCAAUACCGGUGUGGACAUCGAAAUGAAAGAUUUUUUCACAAGAUUCACAAAUGAUGCUAUUGCAUCCACAGCAUUCGGCAUACGAAUCAAUUCAUUCAAUGAUCGAAAUAACGAGUUCUAUCGGACCGGAAAAGCGGUUACUGAGUUUACUGGGUUCGUUUUAUUUAAAGCUAUUUUAUUUGGACUUAUUCCGAAAGUAAUGAAGGUGUUACGUAUAAAAUUAUUUGAUGACAAAAUUCUUAAAUACUUCAAUCAUUUGGUAAUUGAUGCUAUGAAAUACCGAAAGGAACACCGAAUUGUACGCCCCGAUAUGAUACACCUAUUAAUGGAAGCUAAACAGCACUAUGAAACAUCGGAUUUGAAGGGAGAACAUGCUGAAUUUACUGAUGAAGACCUUUUAGCUCAGUGUACGCUCUUCUUCGUUGCCGGAUUUGAAACCGUAUCCGCUUGUUUAUGUUUCACAGCGCACGAGUUGCUUGAAAACCCCGAAAUUCAAGAUAGACUUUACUUAGAGAUUUUGGAUACGCAAAAUUCACUGGACGGAAGCCCCUUAAACUACGAUUCACUUAUAAAGAUGAGGUAUAUGGAUAUGGUUAUAUCGGAGUCUUUGCGUAAAUGGCCUCCAGUAAUCAUAACAGAUCGUAUUUGUUCCGCGGAUUAUAGUCUUAAGGACGACGAAGGAAGUUUUAUUGCUAAAAUUAAAAAAGGCGACAAUAUAUUUGUACCCAUAAUUGGCAUCCAUCGUGAUCCCGAUUACUAUCCUAAUCCGAACCAGUUUGAUCCCGAACGAUUUUCUGAUGAAAAUAAAAAUAAAAUUAACCCAAUGAGCUAUUUACCGUUCGGUGUGGGUCCCAGAAUGUGUAUAGGAAAUCGGCUGGCACUGAUGGAGGUCAAGGCAAUUAUUUACCAUAUUAUAUUGAAUUUUAAAAUCGUGCGGACAGAGAAAACAUGCGAAAACUUAAUGGAGUCCAUUUCUGGAUUUACCUUAAUACCAAAAGAACGCUUUUGGAUGAAAUUUGUUCCAAGGAACUCUUAAAGUUAUUCAUCUUUGUUUUUAUAUGAAUUCCAUUAAAUAUGUCAUUUAAAAUAA